AUGACUGUUGGAAAGGAUGUUUCUGGUUUGUUUCCCGACGUUCUGAAAAAUAUGCAAACUGAUGAUUUGGAGCAAAAGAAAUUGGUAUAUUUGUAUCUAAUGAAUUAUGCCAAGACGCAGCCUGAAUUGGUGAUUCUGGCUGUAAAUACAUUUGUCAAGGAUACCGAUGAUAGUAAUCCGCUCAUCCGUGCACUUGCCAUUCGGACUAUGGGAUGCAUCCGUGUUGAGAAGAUUAUUGAUUAUUUAUGUGAGCCAUUGAGGAAAUGUCUGAGAACGGCUGCAAUUUGUGUCGCAAAGUUAUACGACCUAAAUCCCGACUUGGCUAUGGAAAAUGGUUUCGUUUCCGUUUUGCAGGAUAUGGUGUCUGAUGCAAAUCCAAUGGUGGUGGCAAAUGCCGUCACGGCGCUUGCAGAAAUAAACGAAGCCUCUAGCACCAAAGAUAUAUUCGUAAUAAAUACACCUACACUUACAAAACUUUUGGUGGCACUCAACGAAUGCACCGAAUGGGGUAGGAUAGCUAUUCUUACCUCGUUGGCGGAAUACAAACCUGCAGAUUCGAAAGAGGCCGAACAUAUAGUCGAACGUGUUAUCCCGCAAUUUCAGCAUGCCAACGGAAGUGUGGUGUUGUCCUCGAUUAAGGUUGUAAUGAUAUACAUGAGGAUAAUAAAAAAUGAAGAAUUGAUACGACAAUUAAUUAAAAAACUGGCACCACCACUUGUUACAUUGUUGUCGUCUGCACCAGAAGUUCAAUUCGUCGCCUUGAGAAACAUUAACCUCAUAUUGCAACGAAGGCCCGACAUUUUGCAAAAUGAGAUGCGAGUCUUCUUUUGCAAAUAUAACGAUCCACCAUAUGUCAAAUUGGAGAAAUUGGAGAUUAUGAUCAAGCUGGCAACUGAAAAGAAUGUGGAUCAAUUGCUAUCUGAAUUGAAAGAGUAUGCGUCUGAAGUUGACGUUGAUUUUGUUAGAAAAUCGGUUCGAGCUAUCGGACAAUGCGCCAUCAAGAUUGACGAAGCAUCUGAAAGAUGCGUCAACGUUCUCUUAGAUUUAAUUAAUACAAAAGUAAAUUAUGUGGUUCAAGAAGCUAUUGUCGUCAUAAAGGAUAUAUUUAGAAAGUACCCACACAAGUACGAAGGGAUAAUCCCAACUUUGUGCAAGAAUUUGGAUGCGUUAGACGAACCAGAAGCAAAGGCAUCACUUAUUUGGAUUAUUGGAGAGUACGCCGAAAGAAUAGAGAACGCUGAUGAAUUGAUUAUCACUUUUCUUGACACGUUUAGGGAUGAGAACCCUCAGGUUGAAUUACAACUGAUCACCGCCAGCGUCAAAUUAUUCCUCAAAAAACCACAGUCAACACAAAAUAUUGUCCAACGUGUACUGCAAAUGGCCACAACAGAAUGUGACAAUCCUGACAUUCGGGAUCGCGCAUAUAUCUAUUGGAGAUUGUUGUCUACUGACCCUCAGGCUGCCAAGGCCGUUGUCCUGUCAGACAAGCCGCCGAUAUCCGUGCAGAGUAACAAUAUGUCGGGUCCGCUACUGGAUGAAUUAAUUAGUAACAUUUCAACCCUUGCGAGCGUCUAUCACAAACCUCCGGAAACAUUCCUUGGGAAGGGUCGUUUUGGUGCCGACGCAGUUCAGCGAAGAGCAAUCGAGGAACAAGAGGAAGCGUCCCGAGAGUCGCCAAUUCAAGCACAGACAAAGACUAACAUCGAGAAUUUGUUGGAUCUCGAUUUCGAAGAUUCCACCAAUAUGACGGCAUCCGCCUCUCCGAUUGCUACUUCUUCCAACUCUUUAACACCCACCACCAAUGUGGACGAUUUGCUGGGUCUAUUUGGUGGGAGUAGCAUAACGUCACCGGGUCAGGGUCCUUCAAAUCAUCAAAAAAAUGGUUUGUCAAAUGAUUUGGUGAGCCUGUUCUGA